GUGCUGAGGUACAAAAUGGCUUCGGGACUCCAGGCUGAGACCUGGACCGAGGAGAUCAUUUGCCCGGUUUGUCUGGAUUUCUUCACUGAUCCUGUUAGUCUGGGCUGUGGCCACAACUUCUGUCGCUCCUGUGUCACCCGGAGCUGGGAAAAGCAGGAGAACAACUGCUGUGCUGUUUGUCAGGAGACAUUUCCAGAAAAGAACCUCAGAGCCAGUUGGGCCUUGGCGAGUCUUGCAGAGAAAGCUCGAAAAUUGGGCCUCACGCCGACACAGACGGAAAAUAAACUUCACUGUGAGAAACACCGGGAGGAACUGAAGCUGUUCUGUGAAUCUGACAUGAAAUUGCUGUGUGUAGUUUGCAGUCAUGGGCAGGAACACAGAGGUCACAGUUUCCUCCCCAUUGAGGAAGCUGUUCAAUUCUACAAGGAUAAAGUGAAACACGUCUUAGAUUCUCUCACACAUAGGAAGGAAACUGCUCUAAAAGCUGAAGCCAAAAAGAGAGAAAAGAUUUCACAACUGAAGGAAAAGGUGAAGAGUGUGGAGACCCAAGUCACGGCUGAGUUUGCUAAAAUGCACCAGAGUCUGACUGACAUAGAGCAGCGAGUGAUGCGAGAUCUCAGACAGCGAGAGGAGGAGAUUUUAAAACGAAUGGAGACAAAUCUGCGAGAGAUUCAGGGCAAAUUAGAUUCUACUCAACAAGAGCUCUCCGAGUUACAGACGCAGAUGAAAAAAGAGGAUCUCACCUUCCUGCAGGAGGAAGCCGCUGGCAACAGAAGGGUCAGUGACGAGGGGUUUGAUCUGUCGGUGUGUGAGGCUGAGCUGCCUGUGGGGAUAUAUAAAGGGCCUAUACAGUACACAGCCUGGAGACUGAUGAUACACGGCAUCAGCCCAGCUCCGGCCUCUCUGACUCUGGAUCCUGACACAGCCCAUCCCCGGCUCAUCCUGUCUGAGGACCUGACCAGCGUGAGUCACGGAGACACACGGCAGCAGCUCCCGGACUCCCCGAAGAGGUUUGAUUACUGUUUCUGUGUCCUGGGGUCUGAGGGCUUCACAUCGGGGAGACAUUACUGGGAGGUUCAGGUGGACAAAAAGACAAUGUGGAAGGUGGGAAUUGCCAGAGAGUCUGUCAACAGGAAGGGAAAGAUCAAGUAUGCACCAAAGAAUGGAUACUGGGCUGUGUGGCUGAGAAACGGGGAUGAAUAUAAAGCUGGUACCUCAUUUCCCACCCGGCUGCACCUGAGAGAGAGACCCGGGAAGCUGGGAGUUUAUCUGGACUAUGAGGGGGGACAGGUGACAUUUUACAACGCUGACAACAUGUCUCAUCUACACACUUUCACACAGACUUUCACUGAGAAACUUUAUCCUUUCUUCUGUCCCGGUAAGAACGACGGCGGCAAAAACUCGGUUCCUCUGAGGAUCUGCCGGUUGAUAGAUUAAUGAGGAGGAAAUCCUCAGCCAUGACCUGUGUUUGGCUGUGAUGGCCACCAGGCUGAACCUUUUAUAAUCCGUGUCAUUAUACAAUGAAGCUUGUAGUUUAUAUUACACCUUUAACACUGGGCCCACGGCUCCAACAUUUUUCGGGAUCCACUGUGAAGCUUAUGUUUUAUUUGCGAGCCAAUGUGGAGCCAAUUUGCACAGAGAAAAGUCUAAAGUAAGUCACGUUUGACACCACAAAUAUCAAGCUGGAGCUUUCUGCUCCUGAUCUCGACAAUAAUCCCCACAUUGUACACAGCUCCUCAUCACUUCUGCCAUACCUCUCAAUGCCCAUCCCAGGCUUUCUAAAUCUGCGUUAAUCCCAAUGAUACUCAAGGGGUUUAUCAUUGACUUUCUGUUUAACUAUUAACGCGCUCUCUGUGUACAACACGGGAAACGGUUUUAAAAGCCCCAAUAUCCGUGGUGUUUCAAGUGCAAUAAUUUAACAAACCCCAAUAUGUGCAUUAAACACAAUGAUAUAAAUACGGUUUGGCACUAACUUUGGGUUUUGAUUGCAAUCCCAC